AUGACUUCGACCGACACGAAUACCAGCGCGCCUCCUGCGGGUGGCGCAAGCCCGCCGGUCAAUAACGUGGGGACGACGCUGCCGAUGCCAAGAAGCGAUUCGUCUAGCGGGGCUCCUCCGACGUCCCACAGCACGGACGCUACGCCGUUGAAACCGUUCGACGAUGCGGUUCCGGACGAUGGGACGAAGACCCCUACGAAGCAGGACCCCCACCCGCUCCCUAGCGAUGAGCCAAUCGUGACGGCGGCGGCAAGUGGCCCCUCAGUGACUGCGCACGAUGAUAGCGUUACCCAACAACCACCCUUCCCAAACUCUACGAGUCAACAGAUCGAAGAAACGCCAGUGAGAGAGGUACAUCCGCGGAUAGCAGCUCUGCAGUCGAUGUUCCCCACGUUCGAUGAGGUGGUGCUACAAUCGGUGCUAGAGUCGGUGAACUGGGAUCAGGACCAAGCGAUUGACAUGCUCCUGGGCAUGAGCGAUCCUGAGUACAAACCCGAGGCGAGGCCGAAUCAACCUCCACCUCCAUCCCAAACAGAUCUAGACGAGCAAUUUGCCAGGCAGCUGAUGCUGCAAGAACAGCAGGCACAGCAGGCAGCUUGGCAAGCAGCACAUCCGGUGCCGCCUGGCGGAGGUCGUCGACAUGCUGGACUGCAGCCGCAGCCUCAGCCGCAGCCAGCACCUACUGGGGAAGGUGGAGGGCAGAUAGCGGCGGACUUGCAAGAGCAAUUCACGCGUGUCGCUGAAGUGGGUAAGAGAACUUUCGGUAACAUAUUCUCGAAAGUCAAAGCCAAGAUACAAGAAUUCGACAAUCCCCGCACAAAUCAGCCCUCAUCUACUCAACCCACCUGGGGCGCACCCUCCAACCUUCCUGGAUCCUCCUAUCCUCAACAAGAAUACGGACAGAACGCAAACUACAAUUAUACCCCUGCGCCCCCUCAGCGUAGUGCCGCCAUCUCACCCGCCCAACAACCCGCUUAUUACGACCCGAAUCCCCCGCGCAGCCCUAGUCCCAGUCCUCAGCCAUCCCCAGUUCCCGCUUCCAGUCAGCCACCAGCUGCGAUCGCCAACCCAGCCGCUUCCUCCACACAACCCCCGCCACUUACGGGUAUGGAGGCGCCGCGCGCAGGAGGCUUCGGCGCAGGCGCGACUCCGAUCGACGGCAACAAGCUUGGGUUGUUGCCCAAACGCCCUGUAUCGUUACUGCGCCCGAGUGACGGGGCUACGCCGAUGCAGAGGAAGGAGAGCGAAGACGACGAGUUGGAAUACGUGGAGAACCCGUUUGAGGAUGGGAAUCGCAAAUGA